CCCAGAUAACGCAGUAUCUAGCUCUUUCUGAAGACAUUUGACAAACUCUAAAGACAUUCAUCACAAGAUGCCAGAACAGACUGAGCUUAUUCACACCUUCAAUGGCAUUCCUUUUUCUACAAGAGUAUCAAAAGAGCUUCUUCAGUCUCUAGACACCUUUGAAGCCAGAGAAGAUGACGUGUUAUUAGUUUCAUAUCCAAAAUCAGGCACGCACUGGCUUGCAGAGAUUAUGAAGAAUCUGUACCACAGCCACAAUGAAGACAGUGGGGUUAGCAAAGUGACACUGACAUCACCUUUGGAGUUCGGAGAUCUCUCCAAAUUCGAUGAGCUGAGAAACCUCCCCAACAAGAGGCUCAUCCCAACACACCUCAACUAUGAGAUGAUCCCAGUGCAGUUCAAAACAAAAAAAUGCAAGAUGAUUUAUGUGAUCAGAAAUCCUAAGGACACCGCUGUUUCAUUGUACCAUUAUUACAAGCAGAACCCCAAUCUGCCCAAGAUUGAGAAAUGGUCCACCUUUUUAGAAAUGUUCUUGAAAGGAGAAGUUGUGUGCGGUUCCUGGAUUGACCAUGUCCUUAGCUGGGAAAAGAGCAAAACUGAUGAAAAUGUCCUUGUUCUGUACUAUGAGUCCUUAAAGCAGGAUCUUCCAAAACAUGUCAAGGAGAUCAGCACGUUUUUGGGCAUCAAUGUCACUGAAGAUCAAGUCAAAGACAUUUCAAAGAAAUCUUCCUUCAGUGAAAUGAAAGAAAAGGCAGAAAAGGAGAAAGUGAAUCCAAACCACACAGUCUGUCCCUGUGAACACACAAGAGCCAGGAGACGUCUCAAGAGCACGGCACACCGACCCGGGAAAGCGGGCAUGGAGGGGGGUCCACUUAUAGAAGGGUCCGUGUCGUAA